AUGAAAUGUGAAAACUUGGCUGCAGCGAUCUCCAAAAUACCAAACUUUUCCACCAACUUCACACUUUCUUGCGUCCUCGGCCUGAGCGAAUUCGAUUGUAUGAAGUUGAUCAGUACAAACAAGGCUGAUCUCAUAACCUUGGACGUUGGUCUGGGUGAUAUAGCCAGUCGAAACUACGGCAUGCGACCCCUUGCCGUAGAGAAUUAUGACAAGACAAACCCUCAGGGUGAUCUCUACUAUUAUGCCAACAUUAUUGUUCCGGUUGGGGAAGCCAUUAGCCCCUAUGAUCUUCGGCGCAAGGAGAUUUGUUUUGCAGGUGCCGGAACAGCUGAGGGCUGGGUUCUGCCUCUGAGCAUACUAAUUGGAGAUCUGAAUGCCAUAAAUAUCACUCAAUGCAACAGUGUUGUUCAGAACUUGAUACGAUUCUUGGGCGACUCCUGUGCGCCAAAUGCUCUCCAAAGUGCUUUCAACCCCUUUGGCGACAACACACAGGAGAUUUGUAAACUGUGCUUUAAUGAGGGCACGCAAGAAUUUUGUACAUCACGAGACAAAUAUGCGGGGAACCAAGGUGCCCUUCGAUGCCUAAACGAACAUCGCAGUAAUCUCGAGGCAACAAAUCGACCAUCAGCUGCUAUUGUUAGGGCCAGGGAAAUCGACUUAGCCAUAAACGACGGCUUUCCGGCUAGCCAGUAUCAACUGCUAUGCCCAACCAAGCAAAUGGGCGGAACCUGGACUGCCCCUCUUACAGACUGGAAAACCUGCAACUGGGGUCGCAUCCCAGCUCGCAUUGUCAUGACAUCCGCUCAACGUCUCGACCACCAGCCACUGAAGGAUUUCCUCCAGCAGCUCGUCUUCCAUUUUGUCACCAACCCAACUGGCCCUAUGUUCAACCUCUUCGAGUCAAGACAGUACGUUGUGCCGGGACAGAACUGGGUGCAGCACAAUCUCAUGUUCUCGGACUUCACGCAAACUCUAUACUUCCCACCGGACAGCCAAAUUACUACCUUCUACCAGUGGAUAGGUGAGUAA